AUGGAGAAUCAAAAUACAAAGGAUAAAGUGUUUGAGAAGUUUACAUGGACCAUUAUUACCAACUUCUCCACGUUAGACUCCAAAAAAUUGUACUCGGAUACCUUUUCUCUCGAUGGCCACAAAUGGAGGGUUGUUAUAUAUCCAAAAGGGAAUAAAGUGAAGUGUUUGUCAAUUUAUUUGAAUGGUGGUGGUGUUGCUACUAUGCCUCAUGGAUGGGAAAAAUUUGCAAAUUUCAAACUCAUUCUCAUUAAUCAGUUCGACCACAAAAUGAAUGUAACGGGAGAAACUAGCCACACGUUCAAUUCAAAGGAGGUUUCUUGGGGUUUCCCAUCAUUCAUACCUUUGGAUGAACUUCUUGACUCUAGUCGUGGGUUCCUGCUGAAUGAUAGUUGUAUAAUUGAAGUUCAUAUACUGGUUCAACAGUCAGAACAUGAGAAAGAAGUUGAUGAAUCACUGAAGAAUGUUGAUAACAAGCUUGUUAAAGGCAUUGAGAAUGUUUCAUCCAAGGAAAUGAUCUCAACCUCAUCAAUUGUUGAGAUGGUGGAUUUUAGGGGCAUAGGAAAAGUAGAGAAACACUUUGUUCCUCUUCUCGAAGAAGUUUGUUCGCUAUAUCCCUCACUUAUUCAUAGUAAGCAGAAGAAAAGUCAAAGAUUUACUGAAUGGGCUUUUACCGCUCUGGGUAGAGUUCUUCAUUUUCUCAAUACUAAAAAGGUGAGAAACAUGGAUGAUGAAUCUUGCAAUCAUCUCCAAACUUUAUGGGAGGAAGUUGAGACAUUUGGAUUUGAUUUGGCUUGGUUAAAACCUCAUGUUGAAUCUGCCUUAGGCAUGAAAACUCGUGUUGAGAAAGUUGUUGAAGUGAAAAGGUUGGAAGAGAAUGUGAUUACUUUGAAGGAGAAUGUGGAAAGUUUGGAGGAGAAUGUGACUACUUUAGAGGAGAAAACAAAGACUUUGAGGAGAAAGAUAAUUGAAGCAGAGGUAAAUCUUGAAAUGGCAAAAAGAGAUCUGGAGAAAGCUAAAAAAGGAUCCGAAGAGUGUGAUUUGGACGUUGAACUGGGAUAUGGAAAAUCAUUAUGA